AUGGAGGGCGUGAAAAAGUUCACUGGCAGGGAGCUAGAGCAAGCAACCAACAAGUUCCACCGUGAAAACUCUCUCGGUAGAGGCGGCUUCGGCACAGGCUACAAGGGUCAAAUCGAUGGCCAACCAGUUCUUGUGAUGAAGCUCAACCCGGACACUAGCCGGCAGGCAGGCGAGCGUUUUCUCCGCGAAGUGACAGUUCUUACACGCGCCGACCACCGCCACAUUGUGAGGCUCAUAGGCUACAAUGCUGAGGCGCGCUGUAUCGUGUACGAGGCACUCCCUGGCGGCAAUCUCGAGGACAGGUUGGCGACUGAGGCUGGGCGCAAGUCUUUGAGGCAAAAAGACCGCCUCCGCAUUGCAGCUGAGGUGGCGGAGGCGCUAGUGUUCCUGCACCGCCUGGACUACCCCAUCCUGCACCAGGACGUGAAGCCCGCCAAUGUUAUGCUGGACGACGAUCUCAUUAGCAAACUCGGAGGAGUGGGUCUGGCGAAGUUCCUACCAGUCAAUGACUCGUCGAUUUGGGGCACUGUGGGAUAUAUUGACCCCCUGCUACUGCGGACAGGCAAGUAUGGCCCUCAGUCGGAUGUCUAUGGGCUUGGGUUGGUGGUGCUGCAGUUGUUGACGGGAGAGAAGGUGAACAAGGUGCUGGAAUACGCCAAGUUCGGGCUGGAAGGAGUGCUGGAGCACCUUGACAAGGAAGUCACAUGGAACGAUAAGAUCGUUCGUGAUGUUGCUGAGCUGGCGUUGAGGUGCCGUGACAAGGCGAACCGGCCUGACCUGGAGUCGGUGGUGCUGCCAGCACUGCAGAUCCUGGCCAAGGACACGGCCCUUGAUCUGGAUCAAGAUGGGGCGCCGCCUCCCAGGCAAGCAGCAGGAGGCUCGGGUGCAAGGGGGGGAGGAGGGAGAGGAGGACAUGCGGGAGGGAGAGGGGCAGGGCGUGGGGCAGGGGAGGAUGCACACAAGGCGACACAGGCCAGCGCAGCAAAGAAGUCAACGUCCAUGUUGAUAGCAAAUAGGGUAGUUGGGCAGAAGCUGGACCGCUUUGUUGCCAGCAGUAACUGUGUAAUGGGGGCAUUCAAUGUGGCAAGCGGAAUAAGUGUUUGCUGCUGA